AUGAAGGCAUUCAACAUCCUAGGCUUUCUUGGCCUCUUUCUCGUUAACGCAUUGGCUGUUCCAACUUCAGAUUUCGUCAAUUGGAAAAACUUCAAGGCCAACGGAGUCAACCUCGGCGGCUGGCUUGUUCAAGAGGCUGUCAUAGAUGCCGGUUUCUGGGGUCAGUACGGCGGCAAUACCACUGACGAGUGGGGGCUUCGUCUUGGUUCCCAAUGUGGUCCCGUUCUGGAACGACGUUAUGCAACCUACUUCAAACCGGCCGAUAUUGACAAGCUCGCUAAAGCUGGUGUUACCAUCCUCCGUAUCCCCACGAACUACGCUGCUUGGGUCAAGGUCCCAGGCUCCCAGUUGUAUACCGGCAACCAGGUCCAAUUCUUGAAGAACAUUGCGACGUAUGCCAUUACGAAGUACAACAUGCACGUCAUCGUCGAUGUUCACUCCCUGCCGGGUGGGCUGAACGCGCUGGGUAUCGGAGUAAGGACGGCAACUACGGGUGGUUCAACAACGAAACCGCCCUGGAAUAUUCCUACCGCACCAUCGAUGCCGUUACUCAGUAUGUUCAAGCCUCCGGGUUUCCUCAGUCAUACACCAUUGCACCCCUCAACGAACCGGCGGAUAACCGCGACUUCUCCAAGUUUUGGUACGCCGGAUGCACUCAGCAUAGAUGGUGCUGCAUGGGUUGCAAAGUUCAUCAACGGCGUCCUCUCGAGAGUCGCGCAAGUCAACCCGAAGAUUCCAGUCAUGUUGCAAGGUAGCUUCCGUCCUGAGCCGUUUUGGUCGCCUUACUUCCCUACGGACGCCAACCUGGUUUUCGAUGCCCAUCAUUACUACUUCGCCGGCAGGCUCACCACCUCUGAAAACGUCCCGACUUUCAUAUGCGAAGAUGCCAAGGGGUCCAUUAGCGAUGGGAAAUUUCCCGUUUUCAUCGGCGAGUGGUCUAUUCAGGCUGUCGAUAAUAACACCUUUGCCAGCCGGGCCAAAACCCUCAAUAACGGGCUUUAUGCUUGGUCCAAGUACACCCAAGGAAGCUCGUACUGGACCGUCAAGUUUUCGGAAAAUGCCCCAGUGAACGGUCAAGGGACUCAGAGCGAUUACUGGAAUUAUGAGACAUUCAUUGAUCUUGGCAUCAUAGACCCAGCGUCUUCUACAGGAUUUUGCCCCCAAUCUUAG